AGAUAAAGUCACAAGUUUAAAGAAGGAAGUCAACUGUCGAGCUGGAGCGUCGAUCAUCUCUCUGUCUGUGUUCAUACAGUGAAAUGGCAGAAGCCAGUAUCUCAUGGGCUGAAGAUCAGUUCAGCUGCCCAGUGUGUCUGGAUCUGCUGAAGGAUCCAGUGACGAUUCCCUGUGGACACAGUUACUGUAAGAGAUGCAUCUUAAGUUGCUGGGAUAAGGAGGAUUGGAAGGGAAUCUACAGCUGCCCUCAGUGCAGACAGACCUUCACACCAAGACCAGUUUUAGGUAAAAAUGUGGUGUUUGCUGAAAUGGUGGAGAAGCUCAAACAGACAAGACUUCAAGCUGCUCCUGUUCCUCCACCUGUUCCUGCUCGUCGUCAUCAUCACACUGGAUCUGGAGAUGUUCAGUGCGACUCCUGCACUGGAAUUAAACAGAAAGCAGUGAAAUCCUGUCUGGAGUGUCGAAGUUCUUACUGUCAAAAUCAUCUUGAACAGCAUGAGAGUCUCUUCAGAGGUAAAAAACACAAUCUGAUGGAUGCCACUGGACGACUGCAGGACAUGAUGUGCCCUCUACAUGAUAAAAUGCUGGACAUUUAUUGCCGUACCGACCAGCAGUGCAUCUGUAUGCUGUGUUUGGUGGAUGAACACAAAAAUCAUGACACUGUCUCAACUGCAGCAGAAAGAAAAAAUAAACAGAGACAUUUGGAGAGAAAUUUGCAGAAGAUAAUCCAGCAGAAAGAGAAAGAUCUUCAGGAGCUGAGAGAGGCUGUGGAGUCUCAAAAGCAAUCUGCACAGACAGCAGUGGAGGAAAGUGAGAGGAUCUUCACUGAACUCGUCCGCUCCAUUGAGAAACGUCGCUCUGAGGUGAUGCAGCUGAUCAGAGAUCGGGAAAGAGCUGCAGUGAGUCCAGCUGAAAUAAAACUGGAGCGACUGGAGCAGGAGAUCAAUGAGCUGAAGAAGACAGAAGCUGAGCUGAAGCAGAUUUCACACACAGAUGAUCAUAUUCACUCCCUCCAGAGUUUGCAGUCUGUCUCUUUCUCUGGAUCUACAGACUGCUUCACUAUCAGUUCUCAUCUGACUUUUGAUGAUUUAGUGAAAUCUGUCUCUCAGCUUAAAGACAAUUUGCAGUGGUUCUGCAGGGAAGAGAUAGAAAAGAUUUCUUCCACAGUGAAAAUGAUCCAAGUCAUUCUUGCUCCUGAAUAUCCAACCAGGAAGGAGUUCCUACAAUAUUCCCAUCUGUUUACUCUGGAUCUGAACUCAGUGAAUAAAUUACUCCGUCUGUCUGAGGGAAACACGGUGAUCACUGACACUAGCAUAAACCAGCAUUAUCCUGAUCAUCCAGACAGAUUUGAUUCUUGGGCAGAGGCAUUGUGUAGAGAGAGUGUGACUGGACGCUGUUACUGGGAGGUGGAGUGGAGCGGACAUGGGAGGUUAGGAGUAGAUAUAGCAGUGACAUAUAAGAGCAUCAGCAGGAAGGGAAAUGGUCCUGAGAGUGCAGUUGGUCGUAACAAUCAAUCCUGGAGUUUGUGCUGCUCUCCAGACUGUUGCUCAUUCUGGCACAAUAACAUUGAGACUGUCCUUCCUGUAACCCAUGUGUCCAGUAGAAUAGGAGUGUAUGUGGAUCACAGUGCAGGGAUUUUGUCCUUCUACAGCGUCUCUGACACAAUGAGUCUCAUCCACAGAGUCCAGACCACAUUCACUCAGCCACUUUAUGUUGUGUUUGGAUUUGAUAGACACUCAGCCAUUAAACUGUGUCAUCUAACCAAAUAAAUCAUGUGGAGGUUGAAUAGAUUAUUUUGUCACAUUACAUGAUGAGUCAGUAUCAGUAAUCAGAAAUACCACUAGUGAACUUAUAAUAAUCACAGAUCUAUUUAGAGCAAAACUUAUAAUCAUCAGAGUAGAAUAAUGAUUUUAUGAAAAUGAAUGUUGAAAGUGUUUGAGAUUUUGUUAAAAUUUGGUGUAACACUGCCAGAAAUGUCUUUCAAAUCACUGAAUAAGUUUGUGAACUAUUUGAAAAUAUCCGUAUUUCUACAUUGAUUUCUCAUAAAAUUUGAUUUGAUCAGAAUUGUAAUAAUUGUAGACAAAGACUAUCUGAUUAAAGUAAUAACACAAAUAAUUGUAGUUUUCACGUUUUUUUUUUUUUUUUAAUACAUUAAAAUCAUUCACAGUGCAGGAGAAAUUUGGUGAAUCCCUUGAAUUUAGUAACAAAAGGUUGUUAGUUUACAAACUUAUACUUGCUUGGCACUGUGUAUUCAAAAUGUGUUAUCUUGUCCUGCAUGAAAACAUGAGGUGUAAUAGUAUCAAAUAUGAGGUGGCAGAAAUUUGAAGUAAAGCA